AUGGAAGUUGGAGAAACAAAGCAUCAAGAGAUUCCAUAUAGUUAUAAUAAGAUAAGGAUUCAUCAAACUCCAGCUCAUGUUUCAAAUCUUCAAGGCGUUUCUUCAAUUUUUGAAAAAUAUCGUUGGCAAACAGCAGGAUCUGUCAAACCAAUCGAACAAGGAUUACCAUUAGUAUCAGAGUCAACUUUAUCGCAUGAUUUUGCAGAUGCAAAAGAAAUUGAUGAAAAAAUUAAAUUAUUUGAUGAAAAAAUUACAGAAGAUCUUCUUAAUCCAGAAAAUAACAUAGACUUACCAAAAGAAUCGAAAAGAGAAUACAAUACUGAGGAUGAAACACAAGGACAUCAGUCAUCUUUCAAAAAAUUAUAUUUAUCUAUCAAUCAGAAGCGUUUAGCAAGACAAAAUCGACCUCAAACAGGAAUAUCGAAACAAGUAGACUACAAUGGCAAUCUUAUUGACUGUAUGGGAAAACUUACACUUAGAUCUGUCCAAGGGAAGGAAAAUUUAGAAGCAGGAGAGAAUCCUUUUCCUGUUAUUCCACGCCGACAAGAAACAGUCGGUAUUCCAAAGCGAGCGGAGUCACAAAUCGUAAAAGUUAAUAUGAAAAAAGUAUUUCGACCAAAUUCACGUCCAUUUACAGAAAUAGAUAACGAAGAAGAUUUUCCAAUGAGUGUUUUCAAACUUGGCAAAAUUAAAACCGUUUUUUCAAGAAAUACAUUAGAAUUAAUGAAAAAAGAGGAAGAAGAGAAGAAACAAUCAUUGUUAGUUGAUCUCAGCAACGAAGAUGUCUUUUGGACAAAAGACAGAGUUCCUUUCACACGUUCCGAAGUCGAAAUGAUGAAAAAAUUCAGAGAAGAUUGUAAAACAAAAACUUCUUUAGCAAACAGAAAAAGAAGUCAAGUAAUGAAGGAACGACAAGAUGCAAUAUCACGUACAUUCCAAAGCCGUAAAGCCUUUGAGAAAGAAGUUGAAAUAACAGAGAAAGUUUGCAGAAGAACAAUGACUUUGCCUCCAGGAAAAGGAGAGGAACAUUACUUGAGUUGGACCAUGGCAGCAAAAGAAGCAAAAACAGAUCCAAGUUCUUUACCUUAUAGAAAGAACGCUUGGCAGAAGCUUGGCCACCUUAUUAAAGAAAUAGGUGGACUAAAAGAAGGAAAUUCGAAAUUGUUAAUCAUGACAUUUCGAAGAUUGUUAUUGUCUGGAGAGCCAAUUUCAAAAGAGACACUUUUUGACACAUUGGAAAUACUUGAUAGAAGUGAAUUUGCUGACACGGAUACAGCUAUGACAAUAGAGGCAAUGAGAGAGGCAUGCGGAGUAUCAACAGAUGAGUUAUUAAACUGGAUGAAAUCUAGAAAUUGUCCUACAGAAAUAAUGGUCGAAAUUCCUGAUCACAUUAAGAGACAAAAUAGAAUGAAAGCGUUGAAAGAAAAGAAACAAUCUGAAAAAGAUAGAUUGGAAAGAGUCAAGAAAUGCGAUUUUGUUAUUCCCGACGUAAUUAGAGGUUUUGCUGGUCUUAAUGAGGCUGAAGAAUUAUAA